AUGGUCCAAGUUACUGGCCCUUCUGGGCGGAUGACUUGGAUUCGAGGGGGCCCAACAAGUUUGGAUAGUAGGAAUAUAAAGGAGGCUAUUGACAAUAGUUUGCUGCGAGUACAGACUGAUUAUAUUGAUCUUUACCAUGUCCACUGGCCUGAUCGCUAUGUUCCAAUGUUUGGAGAAACUGAUUAUGAUCCUGUCAGACAAUAUAGUCCUGUUAGUUUCGAUGAACAACUUGAUGCUCUAGGAAGAGCGGUUGAUGCUGGUAAGAUCAGAUUCAUUGGUGUCAGUAAUGAAACACCAUAUGGGGUCAUGAAGUUCCUACAAGCUGCGGAAAAUAACUCCACCUAUCCAAGGAUAGCAUCUAUUCAGAACUCAUACAACUUGCUCUGCCGAAAUUUUGAUUCUGGAUUGGCAGAGUGCUGUCAUUUGGAGAGGGUUAGCUUAUUGGCUUAUAGCCCUCUGGCAAUGGGUCUGCUUUCUGGAAAGUAUCUCUUACCUGAUGGUGGUGCAGAUGAUGCUCGAUUGAAUCUUUUCAAAGGCAGGUAUUCAGAAGGGGAAUCGAGAUACAACCUAUCUAACACCAAUGUUAGAGAAGCUACUAAAGCAUACGUUUCCAUUGCAGAACGUUAUGGCAUCCAUCCGGUAUCUCUAGCMAUUGGCUUUGUUUUGAGACACCCUCUUGUGAGCAGCACCAUUUUUGGAGCUACAAAAUUAUGGCAACUUGAACAAGUUGUUAGUGCAUGUGAUAUCAAGCUUAGCCCACAAAUCAUUGCAGACAUAGAUGAGGUUCAUUCAAGGUUUCCCAAUCCCUGCUCUUAACUAUACAUUUAACUUCUACUAAUAUUUUUUACCUUGUUUCUCUAUUUAACCAUAUCUCCGGACUCGAUCGUGUCUACCUGUCAUUUGUAAAUUGUAUGAUCCCAUAUCGKYCGGGGAUGGGAAUGGAGGUUGCCUUAUAACGGACUUGAUAUCUCCUCUGUCUGAUGCGUUUUAAAAUCCCGAGUUUAGGUGUGUUGACAAAACGGACAAUAUUUGGUACGGUUGGCCAGGAUGUUACAGUAAUGGUGUUGGUAACUCUUUCUUUAGAAAGUGUUUCGAGUCCCUCCACAACUGUUGGGUAUUUUUAUGGUUGCUCUCCAAGGUCCCAUUGGAUUAGUCGAGGCGUAUGCAAGUUAGUCUAGAAGGUUACUUGYUAUUUUUA